GUCUCCGCUCGUUGGUGGGUUCCUUCCCGGCAUCCCCGGCUGCUGUAACGGAGGCCGUUCCUGCUCCGUGACCUUCGCUGGUCGCCGGUGUGUCCCGACCUAAAGAUGGUGCAAAGUAUGAUUCCAAAGUCGUGGAGACCCAUGAAGUUGUACUUCACUACUGUUUACCAAGAAAUAUGGGUUGGUCUGGCAUUAACAGCUUACGCCUAUUACAAAAUUUCAUACGGUGGCAAGAAAGCAGUGGCGAAUAAGUCUUCUGGCCACCAUUAAAGAUCUCUUCUCUUGGAGAAUGAAUUUGGUGAUUGAUCAUCUUUGCCAUAAAUGAAGUUAAUUCUAAAACUGUAUCUGAUGCUUCUGCUGUACUUAUAAAUAUAUUGAGCAAGAAGGAAUUAAACAUGUUGGAUAAAGUA